ACAGCUAACCAAUUGCUGAAUCCAAGAGGCGUAUCCGUCCCUAUUUAUUAUACUAUUUUCUUUCCAGGCACGGUCGUCUCUCUGUCGCAGAAUUUCUGUCCUCGAAUAAGGAACAAGGGAUCGGAAACUACCAGCCACAAUGUCGAAGGAGGCCCCACGUGAACCCGAACAGCUCCGCAAGCUGUUCAUCGGAGGUCUGAGCUUCGAAACCACGGAUGAGAGUUUGCGAGCACACUUCGAACAAUGGGGAUCUCUUACAGAUUGUGUGGUAAUGAGAGAUCCAGCCAACAAGCGCUCCAGGGGGUUUGGAUUUGUCACCUAUGCUGGUGUGAAUGAGGUUGACGCUGCCAUGGAAGCACGUCCCCACAAGGUUGAUGGUAGGCUCGUAGAGCCGAAGAGGGCGGUGUCCAGAGAGGACUCCAGCCGACCAGGUGCUCAUGUCACAGUGAAAAAAAUAUUUGUUGGGGGUAUCAAGGAAGACACAGAAGACUCACACCUGCGAGACUACUUUGAGCAAUUUGGCAAGAUUGAAGUAAUUGACAUUAUGACUGACCGCAACAGUGGCAAGAAGAGGGGCUUUGCCUUUGUCACGUUUGAUGACCAUGAUGCAGUUGACAGGAUUGUUAUUCAGAAGUACCACACACUGAACGGUCACAAUUGCGAAGUGAGGAAAGCCUUGUCCAGACAGGAGAUGCAGACUACAGGAAUGGGUAUGAGGGGUGGCCGUGGUGGUGGUGGUGGUGGCGGCGGUGGCAACUAUGGCAGAGGUGGGGGAUACGGAGGUGAUGCUGACUCGUCUGUUUCAGGAGGCAGAGGGGGUGGAUAUGGAGGUGGAGAUGGUGGUUACAACAAUGGUUAUGGGGGAGGAGAUGGUGGCUAUGGAGGAGGACCCGGUGGUUAUGGUGGUGGUAACCGUGGCUACGGUGGAGGACAAGGAGGUUAUGGCGGAGGACAGGGUGGGGGCUACGGUGGCGGAAAUGGUUAUAACGACUACAACAAUGGCAAUGGCAACGGCGGGAACUUUGGCGGCGGUAAGUCCAUGGCUUCACCACAAGAGGCAGCACCAGUUGCUGGUAACUUCGGUGGUGGUGGUGGUGGCGGUGGCAAUGGUGGCGGAAAUGGCUACAAUGACUUUGGCAGCUACAACAACCAGGCUUCCAACUACGGCCCGAUGAAGGGUAACAACUUUGGCGGCGGCAGCGGUGGUGGUGGUGGUGGCAGCGGCGGUGGUGGCAGUGGCGGGGGUAGCGGCGGUGGCAGGAACAGUGGCCCAUAUGGUGGUGGUUAUGGAGGUAGCUCAGGUGGGGGUGGCGGAGGUGGCGGAUAUGGUGGGGGCUCCGGUGGACGACGGUUCUAAAUGUUCAGAAGGACUCAGUACUUAGGAGAGGAGAGCGAGACAAGUGACAGGGCAGCUGCAGGUUUACAACCUAGAUCUGCUCAGCCAAACAGAUGUGGCAGGUUACAUCUGCUACAAGAAGAGAUGUGUACAAUAGAGAAAUCAUGGAGGGGCUUCAUUUGUUUUUCUGUGUUGUCAAACAGGAUUAUUUGAUGUUUCUGGAAAGCAAGCAUUCCAAUGAGGUUUUAUGUAGUUUUUCUUUGAGUCGUUUUUAUUUUUGUGUAACUGCAACCAAUCAAGUUGAAAUAAACCACCUUUCAGUUUUUUUUAAACUGUC